AUGACCACACCCAACGCCGAAGCCACCGAUUCGUUUGCGUCUAUGGAAGACCCAUUCGUUGCGAAUGCCGGGAGGCCAGCUGCUCCCCGCGACUCCCACCGAUACUCGUCCUUUGAUACACAGCUGUAUAGCCUCAAUGCGUCUUCACCCGCCCAGGCCAAACGAGCCCUUGAAGCGCAUUUGGCAGAAACGGAGCGCCGAUUGGAAGAGGCCUCGAAGCUCGGAACGGCCCUUAUCGAACAACAGCAGCAGCUAUCCGAGCAAUUGAAGGAGGUCGAGCUGCGGCAAGAUGAAGGUGAGAUAGGCCCGGAUCUGAGACGCAAACUUGCAGAUCUGGAGAAGGAGUAUAAUGAAAUCGGCCGUGAGUCGGCGCGUGCUUUUUUGGCACCCAAACGUCUUGCCGGAGGCCCAGACGAUGCUCCAGGAACCCCAUCUUUCGAUCAGAAGUCACCUUUAACCCCCGCUUUGUUCGCCAGUCAAGCGACGAAUUCCCCUAGCAAAGUUAGCGUUCCGUCUCGCAAGCAACGCAAUCAACCAUCAAACCGUGUUCACGAUAUCGAGUUUGCGACUGAAAUUUCGACUUCGCUUUUAGCUCAGGUCCGCCAGCUGCAAGCCCUUCUUGCAGAACGGGACGAGACACUCAAGCUUGUGAAUUUGGAAAAAUCGCGGCUUGAGAUAGAGGCAGAAGGUUAUGCACAAAGAAUCAGGGCGCUCGAUGACAGUGAGCAACGUUAUAAGGAUGAGAAUUGGGCUCUCGAGACCCAGGCACAUGAGUUGAUGGCGGCUGUCAGGGACGCUGCUGAACGCGAACAGCGUCUCAGUAGCACCAUAACCACAUCUAAUGCGGAGAAGAACGCCGUGGAGCGGGAGUUGGAGGAGUUAAAGCAGGUCAACGCGAGACUACUUGAAGACCACAGCCUUACACAAAAAGCCAAUGAUGCAGAGAUUCACCUCUUGCGGCGAAAUCUGACUUCUGGUGAUGCAGAGAAGGCUGCACUUCAGAAAAAGCUUCUUGAAAUGACUUCUCAAAACCAAGAACUUGCCAAGGCGGUUGCGAUGCGACUUCGGGACCAUGAAGGCCAAGGUACUCGGGAGAUCCCAUAUGAUGAUGAGGGCAACGAGCCUGACAACAUUACACCGGAAAGUUCCCCGCCACCCUCACCCAACAAGUUUACUCCUCGGCACGGCCAUCUUGAAUCGGAAACCUUGAAGAGCUCACUGGGUCAUGCUCAUCGCAUGAUCCAGAACCUGAAGAGCACCAUUCACCGCGAAAAGACCGAAAAGAUUGAGCUCAAGCGGAUGCUGCAGGAUGCUCGAGAUGAGGUUGAGCAACGUCGCCGUGAGAGUGCUGUGCCAAACGGAUCCAGCAAACGCCAGAAGACAAAGACGGAUUCUUCACGGAAGGCCCCACGUCCAGAUCUUCUGGGUGCAGGCCGCAAAGAGAAAUCGUUUGUCGAGCUUCAUGAUACCGACUGGGAAGACAACGCUGGCCAGAUAAGUCCCACCCGCACCCUGAAGGCGGUAUCCACGAGAGGCCGCCCUGGCUCAGAGUCUCCUGAUGGACCUAGCGACGUCUACCAGACAGCCACCGAAGCAGAAGACGGAUUUGAGACUGGAUUUGAGACUGCGAACGAAAGGGCAACCGCAACCGAGAGCGAAGCAUUCCAGACUGGCGUGGAGAGUAUGGCGGAUGACAGCAGUGACUCGGCGGAUCUGACCGAAACCGAAAACAGCGUUCAGACAACUCCUCGUAGCCGAGUUCCUUCUUCCCUGGCCAUGGCCAAAUCCCGCAAUCGCACCUCAUAUCAAAGCACUGCCUCCGUAUCUUCUGAUGAAGAGGAGUAUGAUAGAGUGUUCGGCUCUCCAAGCCAAUCGUAUAUCUCUCGCCCCCGUGUCAAAUCCAAGCGCAGCGUUUCGAGACGCAUUCGUCCAUCUGGAGAGGCCACCUUUGCAUCUAACAGUCGACCUUCAAGUUCACGCGAAUCCCCAGCACCCAGCUUUGGGCCACCGGUGGCAGCUCAAGAGGGCCAGAGCCUCUUUGCCGAACUUGGAGAGUUUGAAAGCACUGAAGAUGAGGAAGCGACUUCCCAGACUUCCACACCGCGUAUGGAGCCUACUUCGAACUCACGAAGACCCUCAGAUGUAAUGUUGGAUAUACCGCCAAAGCCCGCAAUGGUGGACUCUGGUGUUAUGACGGAACCUUGGGAGUCUACCUCUCCUAUCGGUGCUGGUAUUGUUGCCGGGGCGGCCGGUGCUGCUGCAGGAGCUGCAGCCUCGCACGUUCUCGCGACCUCCCAACAAUCCGAUGAAGACAUCAACGAGGAAACAAAGGCAACUCCACUCAAGCACUCUUCUGUGGAUGGUGAUCACCUCGCGAAUGUCCCUACCCCGCCAAAUAUGCCCUGGGACGAUUCUUCAGCGCAAGGUCAGCAGCAAAUUGCCAAUGCUCAAUCCGUUCUACCGGAGAUGGGCAUCGCGGACGUCCAUUCGCAGGAGACAACACCUCGCGUACCUAAGAUGCCUGAUUUGAGCGUUUCCUACAUGACCGGGGGCAUCACUACACCUGUGAAGCAUGUGCUGCCUACACCGGAAGUGCCGGAAAUGACGAUAUCUUCGAUUUCAUCACAAAUCAGCAGCCCCAUGCAACCAACGCUCGCCGUACCUGAGCCAAUAAUCAAGCAUGUUGAUGUUAUCAAAUACGUGGAACGCGAGCCGGAGGUACCCGAGCUGACCUUCUCCUCCAUUACUACUCAAACCACUGCCCCCGUCCCGGCAACCCUUGCUGUGCCGGAGCCUGUGGUCAAGUACGUCGAUGUGAUUAAGCACGUGGAACGUGAGCGUGGAGUGCCUGAGUUGAGCUUCUCGCCUGUCACUGCCCAAUCGACAACGCCUGUCCAGGCAAUCAAAGAGACUGUCCCUGAACCUGAGCCUGUCGUCAAAUACGUGGAUGUGAUUAAAUACGUUGAGCGUGAGCGUGAGAUUCCUGAGUUGGCUCUGUCCUCCAUCAACCACAUAUGCACGUCUCCAGUACAGGCGACCCUUGCUGUCCCGGAGCCUAUCAUCAAACACGUGGAUGUGAUCAAGCACGUUGAGCGCGAGCGCGAGGUGCCCGAACUGACCAUCUCUUCCAUCACCACCCAAUCCACACCUCCUGCCCACGCCACACUUGCCAAACCGGAGCCGAUCAUUGAGUACGUCGACGUUAUCAAGCACGUUGAGCGUGAGCGCGAGGUCCCUGAAUUGGCCUUCUCCUCUAUCACCACCGAAUCCACUGCGCCAGUGAAGGCCACUCUUCCUGAGCCGGAGCCACCUGUGAUCCAAUACGUUGAUGUGAUUAAGCACGUUGAACGUGAGCGAGACAUACCAGAGCUGACGAUCUCUUGCCUCGAUCCAGCAUACACGGAGCCUGUUGUUCCGAAACCCCUGGUUGUGUCUGCUCCAGCGUUGUCACUAUCCCCUGUGCGUUCUGUCCAGACCAACCCAGUGAAGUCCCUGCCAUUUGCGAUUCCUACGGUGGCAGACCUAUCCACCCAGACCGAGGCAACAGAGUCCAAGGCUGCAAGGACCGGCGUGAUCGUUCACGAAGACGAGCCUACCAGCGUCGCUCUUGGCCACACCAGUACAAUGCACAGCGAUCAGCUCGCUGCUGGGCUGGCCUUGAACGAUAUCUCCGGCAACGCCAUUUCUCGUUCCGCUAGACAGCAGUCUAGUUCGGUGAGCAUGGAUCAAGGAUCUCAGACAAUUCUGUCUUCCAACCAAAUAGACCAGAUCCUUAUGGAUCGUGGGUCCUCGCGUCCACUAUCUUCUGACAGCGAGGUGACGGACGAAUCACGGGAGAUUGCCGGUGUCACUACGUAUGCGACACCCAAGGCUCAGUCUCGGCCACGUCUUUCACAAAUUCAGAGUGUGAAGUCAACCACGCCAAACAACCGCCGACCUCCCAGCGCUACCAGCCAUACCUCUGGCACCAGCGCUCACCCCCCACUUCCUCAGGAUCACCGGGAGGCUAUCACUGCGGCCGAGAAGAAGUCAAUCGACGUGGCCCCACCGUCUCCAACCUCUGUGAUGGGGCCUCCGUUGGCACCUGCUUCUGCCUAUCGCAUGAACUCCCAGCGCCCAAUCACGCCAAGCGAACAUGCCGUUCGUACUGCCUCAUCGAGAACUGGUUCUUCACAGGCCAGAAUGAGAAGAGGAAGUGCCAGCCAGAUGUCUCGACGAUCCUCCGUGUCGUCUUUCGCGUCCGAGCUCGAGGAGCGUUUCAAUAUGAACCCUCAUGCUGGCCCUGGCCCCAUGCCUCAGGGCUACGGACCUAAUACGGAUCCGCGCAUGAUCCAGGCAAUCACCCAGACGAUGAUCGGCGAGUUCCUUUGGAAGUACACGCGCAAGACUGGCUCAGCCGACAUGUCCACCACCCGGCACCGACGGUACUUCUGGGUGCACCCGUACACUCGUACGCUGUAUUGGAGCUCGCAGGAUCCACAGACCGCUGGAAAGACCGAGCUUCGCACCAAGAGUGUUCCCAUCGAGGCUGUACGAGUGGUUGCUGAUGACAACCCGUAUCCUCCUGGUCUUCACUGUCGGAGCUUGGAGGUCGUCAGUCCCGGGCGACGUGUGCGGUUCACAGCUGCGACGAGUCAGAGGCACGAGACAUGGUUCAAUGCCCUGUCUUACCUUCUUGUGAGAGAGUCACCCGACACCGGUGACGACAACAGCGUGACGCUCGAUGACAUCAAUGAGUUCAAUCCUCCUAGCUUCCGGUCUGGUUCUCGCCAGACAGCACGGAUGUCCUUCUCGUCCCAUAACAGUCGCACCGCUCGCAAUGCGCCCAAGCAACAGCGAGCGGCCUCGGCGAUGUCCAUGCGAUCCGUUGGCACCCAUGGCGGACGUGCAUCACCGGCGCUCAGCUCACCUGUACCAAACUCGUCUUUGCAAAUUCCUGACGGCCAACGCUCAUCGUCACGACUAAGCACCAUCUCCAGUUCGAUUCGUGGGUCCAUCGCAAGCUUAAAGGGACGACAUGGGCAAGCUCCUAGUGUCCAUGAUGAAAGUCUUCAUGGGCAGGCAAGUGCCGAUGAUCUCCGACACGUGGUCGAAGCACAAGAACAAGCUCGGCUUGAGAAUGUCCGUGCCUGCUGUGAUGGCAAGCACGAUGUUGGCUCGCUUUCUCGCAUCAGUCGGUACAGUCCGAGGGUUGACCGCAUCCACUCACCCAAUCGCCACUGA